UCUUCUCCAGGGACAGCGGGGAGCGCAGCCAGAGCGGCUCUUGUGCCCCGCAGCCUCAGCAGACACAGCGGCGGGGGACAGGGCUCUCCCAGGCCUGCCAGGCGCGGGGUUGGCUUCUCAGGAUGGCCCCGCAGAGCGACCGCUCGCCGGACGAAGGGCAGCCGUAUUUCGGGGGUGCCGAGGACCCCUCCUCGGGGGCCGGCGGGGGCUCCGCGGGCAGCCGGGGCGCCUCGCCGGCCCGCAGCGCGCUGGCCCCGCGGGACACGGCGGCCCGCAGGAAGGGGAAGGCGCGGAGGGGCCGCGGCAAGGCGCGGAACGAGGGUUUGCUCAGCAAGCAGAAGAGGAGCCGGCGCAUGAAGGCGAACGACCGGGAGAGAAACCGCAUGCACCACCUCAACUCCGCCCUGGACGCGCUCCGCAGCGUCCUGCCCACCUUCCCCGACGACGCCAAGCUCACCAAGAUCGAGACGCUCCGCUUCGCCCACAAUUACAUCUGGGCGCUCACGCAGAGUCUCCGCCUGGCCGAGCAGAGCCUGCCCGAGCCCCCCGCGCCGCCGCCGCCCCCCGCCGCCUCCCCCGGGCCCUGGGACUCGCCCUGCCCCGCGGCCCCGCCGCCCUGCGCCCUGCGCCGCGGCCCAGCCGCCUUCCCCGCCUUCCUCUGAGCCCUCUGCCCCGCCAGUGUCCCCCCGCUGUCCCCCCGCUUGUGGCCUUGGAGGAGCCGGGAGCUCCGGUCCCUCCCGCCCCGUCCCGUCCCGCCCGGCUGGAAAGCGCAGCCGAAAAAAACAAAUCACGGUUUUGUACUCGUUGACGGUAAAUUAUAUUAAUUUGUCGCUAUCGGUAUUUAUUGAUUAUAUUUCGUAACAAAUAUGUAUUUUGUAUAUAAGAGUAUUUUUAGCAGCGGUGCUCCCGCUGUCUGUAGCCGCCAGCUAUAUUUUGGGAUUUCUGAAGAAAAAAAGAAGAGGAAAAAAAAUAAAGCGUG